AUGGCCCGCUUCCAGCCUCUCGCUGCCUUUGUGACUUUGUCCACGGCCCUUGGGGCUUUGGCCGCCAUCGGCCCUGUUGCCACUAUCGACAUCGUUAACCGCGAGCUUGCGCCGGACGGCUUCAACCGAUCGACUGUUCUCGCCGGAACGAAUGGAGUCGGCACAUUCCCUGGCCCACUUAUCACCGGUACCAAGGGCGCCCAUUUCAAGCUCAACGUCAACAACAAGCUCAAUGACACUACGAUGCUGAAGUCCACCACUAUCCACUGGCACGGUCUCUUCCAAAAGGGUACCAACUGGGCCGACGGCCCGGCCUUCGUUAACCAGUGCCCGAUUGCUAGCGGCAACUCGUUCUUGUACGACUUCACCGUCCCCAACCAGGCUGGCACUUUCUGGUACCACUCCCACUUGUCUACCCAGUACUGUGACGGUCUUCGCGGUGCACUUGUUGUCUACGACCCCCUCGAUCCGUACAAGUCCCUUUACGAUGUUGACAACGAAUCCACCGUCAUCACGCUCGCGGACUGGUACCAUGCUGUAGCCCCGACUAUCGCGGUUGGUGUCGCGGAUUCGACAUUGAUUAACGGACUGGGUCGCUAUGCCGGGGGACCCUCGUCUAACCUCGCCGUGAUCAGCGUCACCAAGGGAUUGCGCUACAGGUUCCGUCUGGUUUCCAUCAGCUGUGACCCCAACUUCACCUUCCAGAUCGAUGGUCACAACUUCACCAUCAUCGAAGUCGACGGCGUCAACCAUCAGCCCCUCCAGGUCGACCAAAUCCAAAUCUUCGCCGGUCAACGCUACUCCAUCAUCCUGAACGCCAACAAGAAUAUCGGCAACUACUGGAUUCGCGCAAACCCGAACAACGGCGCCGCACAAGGCUUCGCGAACGGCAUCAACUCCGCCAUCCUGCGCUACGUCGGCGCGCCCGCCGUUGAGCCCACGACGACGCAGGCCAACUCGACUGCGCCGCUCGUCGAGACCUCUCUCGUCCCGCGGGAGAACCCAGGCGCACCGAUCCCGGCCUCGCAGCGCUGUGUCGACUGCGCGGACGUGAACAUCAACCUCGCGCUCGACUUUAACCUCAACGGCGACUUCAAUUUUAACAUCAACGGCGUGACCUACAUCUCGCCCACCGUUCCGGUCCUCCUCCAGAUCCUCUCCGGCGCGCAAUCAGCCACGGACUUGCUCCCCGCCGGCAGCGUCUACACGCUCCCGAAGAACAGUACCAUCCAGCUUACGCUCCCCGCCGGCACGACUGCUCCCGCCGCGGGCGGACCUCACCCCUUCCAUUUGCACGGUCACACCUUUGACGUUGUCCGCGCCUCGGGCCAAUCCGACUACAACUGGAUCAACCCGCCUCGUCGCGACGUCGUCAGCACGGGACAGACGGGCGAUAACGUCACGAUCCGAUUCACCACCGAUAACUACGGUCCCUGGUUCCUCCACUGCCACAUCGACUGGCAUCUCGAGACCGGUUUCGCUGUCGUCUUCGCGGAGGACACGGGCGACGUCUCGUCGAAGGUCGCCGUUCCCCAAUCUUGGAGCAACCUUUGCCCCACCUACGAUGCUCUCACCGCUGACCAGCUCGGCGGCGAGGACUAA